ACCUCAUCAAUCCACGAAACCGCAAUAAGUCCUUAAAGAUCCUAUUGUGUCAAACCGAUCAUAAUGGGGGGCAAGAAAGAAAACAAGGUCGCCUACUUCGGCAAGCUCGAGAACCUCCUCAAGGAGUACAAGAGCAUCUUCAUCGUCACCGUUGACAAUGUCUCUUCCCAGCAGAUGCACGAGAUCCGCCAGUCGCUCCGUGGCGAUGGUGUCGUUCUCAUGGGCAAGAACACCAUGGUCCGCCGCGCCCUGAAGGGCCUUGUCGGCGACUUCCCCGAGUACGAGCGUCUCAUGCCGCACGUCAAGGGCAACGUUGGCUUCGUCUUCACCAACUCCGACCUCAAGGAGAUCCGUGAGAAGAUUCUCUCCAACCGUGUCGCCGCCCCCGCUCGUGCCGGUGCCCUCGCUCCCCUCGAUGUCUACGUUCCCGCCGGAAACACUGGUAUGGAGCCCGGUAAGACCUCUUUCUUCCAGGCCCUCGGUGUUCCCACCAAGAUUGCCCGUGGUACCAUCGAAAUUACCACCGAUCUCAAGCUCAUUGAGGCUGGCAACAAGGUCGGUGCCUCCGAGGCUACCCUCCUGAACUUGUUGAACAUCUCCCCCUUCACCUACGGUAUGGGUAUCUCGCAGAUCUACGACAACGGCCAGACCUUCGACAGCUCCGUCUUGGACAUUGAGGAGUCCCAGCUGCUCAAGGCUUUCUCUUCUGCCAUCACCACCAUUGCCUCCAUCUCUCUGGCUGUCAACUACCCCACCCUGCCCUCCGUCAUGCACUCCGUCGUCAACUCCUACAAGAAGGUCCUCUCUGUUGCCAUUGAGACCGAGUACGAGUGGGAGGAGAUCAAGGAGCUCAAGGACCGCAUUGCCAACCCCGAGGCCUACGCUUCCGCCGCCCCUGCCGCUGGCGCCGCUUCCGGUGGCGACGCUGCCGCCCCGGCUGCUGAGGAGAAGAAGGAGGAGGAAGAGGAGGAGGACUCUGACGCCGACAUGGGCUUCGGUCUGUUCGACUAAGUAACCCUUUUGACGAUGGCGCCGCUUCUUAGAUACCAAUGUGACCACUACAUGUGGCAUACGGCUUUAUGAGCUAGGACAGUCAACGAGAACAUGAAAACCCAAACUCGAAGCUACAGCUUAGCAUUGUGGUGCUUAUAAUAACAGGCAUGCUGCAUGCAACUGCGUCUCAAAGGUAAGCACAUUUUUCUUUACCCC